CCAGAGAAAUUAUAAUCCCUUUCUCAGAGUGCAGUGGUCUUAUCUUUUUCAGCAACCAAAAAUCAACUUCACAAACAUGGCAAUGCAUGCAUUUGGCAUCCUUUUGGGUGUUCUUUACUCUCUCUUGAGCUUUGUAUCCUCAGAUAUCAAUUUUGUAAAAUAUGGGUUUAGGCAAGCAGGCUUGAAAAUGGAUGGAGCUUCUUAUGUGAGGCCGAAUGGCAUACUUACCUUGAUAAAUGAUUCCCCCAAAAUCCUUGGCCAUGCAUUCUAUCCAUCUCCUUUGCCAUUCAAAUCUAGCAAAAACAAAUCCAUUGUUGCAACCUUUAGCACUACCUUUGUGUUUUCCAUUGUUCCCAAGUACCCAGAACUUGGUGCACAAGGCUUUGCAUUCGUCCUAAUAUCCACCAACAAACCAAAAGGGUGCCUCAUGAAUCAAUAUUUAGGCCUCCCAAAUGUGACAAGUAGUCUAGAAUUCUCAACCCGGUUCCUAGCCAUAGAGUUUGACGGGAUACAGAACCUUGAUCUUCAUGACAUGAAUGAUAAUCAUGUGGGGAUAGACAUAUCCAGCCUCGUCUCUAACAUAUCUAAGCCAGUGGCAUACUACUUGUCAGAUCACAGCAAGAACAUUUCUUUCAGUCUGAAGAGUGGAAAACCCAUUCAAGCAUGGGUUGAUUACAAUGAAGGAGAGAUGUUGAUGAAUGUUACAGUUUCUCCUUUUGGCAUGCCAAAGCCGUAUUUUCCUUUGAUAUCAUUUCCCAUAGACCUAUCCUUGGUGUUGAAUGACUACAUGUAUGCAGGUUUUUCUGCUUCCAAUGGUUUGCUGGUAGCUGAGCAUAAUAUACAUGGUUGGGGCUUUAAAAUCGGAGAAGCAGCACAAGAGCUAGAUAAAUCAGCUGUUCCACUUAUUGGGUCAAGUACUAGUACUUCUAGUAAGGUGGUGCACAAAAAAGACUUUGCAGUAGGUAUCACUUUAACAAGUGCAACUCUUUUUAUCUUGACAGUUAUAGGAGCUUUUCAUGUCCUGCGCAGAUUAAGAAAUGGGGACGAGAUAUUAGAAGAUUGGGAACUUGAAUUUGCCUCCCAUAAAUUUAAAUAUUCUGAGCUCCAUUCAGCUACAGGAAAGUUUGGGGAUAGCAACCUUAUUGGGUAUGGAGGAUUUGGUAAAGUCUACAGAGGAGUAAUCGCAAGCACAGGACUAGAAGUAGCUGUAAAGCGAGUUGCUCCUGAUUCAAGGCAGGGAAUCAGAGAAUUUGUUUCAGAAAUAACAAGCAUGGCACAACUAAAGCAUAGAAAUUUGGUGCAGUUACAUGGGUGGUGCAGGAAGAAGGAUGAACUCCUCAUUGUUUACAACUAUGUACCAAACGGGAGCCUAGACAAGCUUCUGUUUGAAAAUGAACAUCAAAAGAAGAAACUACUAACUUGGGAUCAAAGAUACAUGAUCAUUACUGGUGUUGCUCAAGGGCUGCUGUAUCUCCAUGAAGAAUGUGAACUGCAGGUUGUUCACAGAGAUGUAAAGCCAAGCAAUGUCCUUAUAGAUGAAGAUCUCCAACCAAAGCUUGGCGAUUUUGGUCUUGCAAGGACUUACGAGCAUGGAAUUAAUCCACAGACAACGAAUGUUGUGGGAACACUAGGGUACAUGGCCCCUGAGCUCACAAAGACUGGGAAAGCAAGAACAAGCACAGAUGUAUAUGGGUACGGCAUACUCAUUUUGGGGGUAGCAUGUGGAAGGAAGCCAAUAGAGCCACAGAAAAAUCCUGAGGAACUGAUAUUGGUAGACUGGGUUAGAGAACUACAUCACCAAGGGAAAAUCAGCAGGGCUAUUGACCCCAGUUUAGAUGAGUAUGACAAAGAUGAAGCUCGGCUUGUGCUUAGUCUUGGGUUGUUUUGUGCUCAUCCCAAUCCUGAUUACAGGCCUAGUAUGAGACGGAUUGUCCAGUUCCUUCUGGGAGAAACCAGCCUUCCUCCGCUUCCUCCUGACAUUCACUGUGAAGAUCCAACAGCAAUAAGAAAAUGCCCAAACAACUUUGCAGAUGAUUCAGGCUCUUCAAGUUCUAUGGUGUCUUCAUCAAAAUAUUGUAGUCUUACAUGCUUUGAUGAGGUGGUCUCAGCUACUGAAGCCACUGGGUUGUCUUCAUAGAUAUGGUUGUAAAUAACAAAGCAUAUUAAAGAACCACAUUGUUUUGGAUAAUGAUAUCUCUACUGAGGGAAAGCAAUCCCAAAUUGUGCUCAUUCUAUGAUUCUAUUAUCCAUGAUUUUUUUAUAUAUAUAAAUAUAGAAAACCACUCCCCUAUAUACCA